ACUAGAAAUUUCGUGAAAAGUCGGAAGGCAUUUAUAAUGCAGUUCCGUCCACCUAAAUACAGAAUCAUGUAGGCCUAGUUAUUUUCUUAAAAUAAACUGUGUGUCAUUUACGUGUCGCCAGUGAUUUCUUGUUUGUAUUAGAAGUGAAUCAUACACCAUCUCUCAAAACUGUGUCAUAUAAAGUAAAGACGUCAGUUUAAGAUUGGGAAUCUGUACGGUAUGUUAGAUUUUCCGUUUGGGAGAAAUCCACCACCACGUCCUCGGUCUUAUUUUCAUUUUCCAACUUUCAAAGGCUACGCUAAACCUAAACAACAAAGAAGCCCAAGCACAACAGGAGGCAUAAGGAAACAACAAAGGCCUUGGAUACUUUUAGGCCCCGUUAAUAAACAACCACCUCUAUCUUCAUCUUGGCUGAGCAUGAAAUCAUUAUUUAGAAGAGAUAUGCUUCACUUCAACCAGUUUCCCAGUUUGCUUGACCCUGACAUCUUCAUGUAUGAUAGUAUCCGCCCUGCUAGACCUUCAAGAUGGCACCCCAUUGGUCUAAACGACCAUGAUACGUCACCAAAUGUCAGGAUCAUUCCUAUUAAACUAGACUACGAACCUAGCAACACACAACAAGUACCAAACCAGAAUAGGUCACGGAAAGACAAUGUGAAUAUUGAUUCACCUAUUGUUUUGGAUGAUGAGGAGAAUAAUGAGCCAAUUAUAACUAAAGUACUGUCUAGCCAGAGCUCUCCAAGCAGAUCAAAAACAGCAAUCUCCUCUUUACAAAACAAAUCAAGUUUUUCGAACAGUGUUAUUGAUGUGGAAAAUGAUGCAGAGUCAUCGCCUAUGUCGUCACCUAAAAAUGCAAACAGGAUAAUUAGUCAACAGAAGUCUCCGCCCACAUCAGCCAAACAUAAAAACUGUAGUAAUAAUAAUUUUCACGGGGAUGUGUUUAUAGAAGACGAUAUAGAUUUUGUGAGCGAUGACUUAACGAGAGACCCAAGUUUCAAUGGUAUACACAGAUCCCUGGAUAAAGAUGUAGAUCUGCUGUGUGACGUUGAGGAUCCGCAGGUCAGCCCGACACCGAGUUACCCCAUCUACAGUGUGUUAAAGCCUGCACUGGCUAAAGAGAGUCGCCAGAUUGACUAUGUUAGAGGAGAUGGGAACUGUUUCUUUAGGGCCCUCAGCAAACAGCUGUACAAGACUGAUGAGUACCACAAGGCAGUGAGGAAUCUGGUCGUGGAUCUCAUUGCUACCAACAAGUCCAAGUUUGCUCAGUUUGUUGAUGGAGAAGAUGUGCAAGAGCACGUGGACAGAAUGUCAGAGGACCACUGCUGGGCCACAACUUGUGAGAUCUACGCCGCCGCCACCCUCCUCCAGAGGGAGAUCUAUAUGUACACGCCCAACCACCGCAAUGACAAGUACACAUGGCUCUUGUUCCGGCCUGUCUUCCAGCAGAGCUGCCCGUCGUCCAUAACCCAGCCCUGCUGCUACCUGACCCUGUGCAACACCAACGGUAACCAUUACGAUCGUGUUGUCCCGGACCACGGGGGGUGCAACUGUUUCCUGCCCCACCCCGAGCUGGACGGGGUCUCUGCUAGUGUUGAUCUAACAACAUAGAUCCUGUUACUUAAAUGUAUUUUACUCACACACAGAAACAUUUGUAUAUAUCUUGUAAAUUUUAUUUAAAAAAAAAAGUAAAUUUCCCUUUCUGACCAGGUCUCAAAAGGGAAAAUGAACAAAUCAAAUAACUCCUUUAUGUAUGAGGGCAGUGUGUCAGUACAGUUCAUGCGCAUUUACUCCUUUUUUUUUUUUGUUACUACCCUCUAAGUGAGAAACAUUCUGAGCUUGAAAUCAGGAUUUGAACUCUAGGCCUUGGGAAAGUAAUUGAGCACUAUACAACUCAACAACACCCCCCACCUCCUGAAUUGUAUAUAAUCAAAAUUAUUUAUUUGUAGAGGUGAUCGUGCAUUAUGUUGUUGUUUUUUUACAUUUAACAAAGAGAACAUUUUAAUGUACUCAGUGUUAGGCUAGCUAUAAUUUAUUAUUACAACUGUAAAAAUAGCACGCUAUUUAUUUAUUUAUUGUAUGCUAUACUUAAAAUCCCUUAUUUAAAAAAUAAAACGACCUUAGCUGUCAACACAGAUAUUUUUAAAAUUUACCAAACUUUUUACCGCAGCUGAUAUAUUGUAUGUUUAGAUAUGUCUGCACCACAAUGAAACACCCUAGUGUCUUAGUGUUGACAUCCGCCCUCACCAUUGUUUACUUUGGCUACUAUUACACUGUUACAAAUAUUAGUUGUAUUAUAUUUGUAUGGUAUGUAAAAUAUGUAGUGUGCUGAUUAAAAUUGAUUCACA